AUGAACUAAUCACUUUUAGCACUUUUCGAAGAGCAUUCUUAUUAUGAUGAUUAGAUAGGAGAUUAUCAGGAAGAUUUUGAAUAAUCCUUUUUCAAUCAAGGUCAACACUUACCAACUAACGUGACCAAGGCUGUGACCAUCAACAUUAAACAAGAGGACAUCAAUUACAAGAAUUUUCCAAAGAUGAUUGGGAACAACAUUGUUAAAUGGAUUAAAAAAACCAAAUACAAUAAAAGAUAUGAAAGUAUUCCAAAAGGGUUUAAAAGGUUAAUAGAAUUUAGACAAAAAGACAAAUAAUCAAAAAUUAAAAUUAAAGACUUAAGAGAUUCCAUAAAAGAUGAUUCUGAAUCUAAAGAGCUAUUUUAAGAAUACAUUGCUGAUCAGUUAUUCUUAGAUUUAAUGUUCAGCAACAAAGUUGCUGAUCCAUUCCCAUAUAUCCCUGGAAUCUGUAAUUAUUAUUCUGCUGCAUAAGAACCAGAAAAAAUGGUAAGUAACUAUAUAAUGAGAAAAGAAUUCGUUAAUUAAAAAGUGGAAAUAUGA